AUGGCGGACGAAAAGGACAUACCGGAGACGGCAAACUUCUUUGCUCGUCGCACGGAGUCAGUGGACGCGGCGGGGAUAGCGAGCCUGGUACAGAGACGCACGGAGACUGUAUUCGGCAGAGUAAACGUGGAGUACAUCAUCGAGCGAGCGACCCUGAGUAUCACACUGGUGGGCAGCGAGGAGGAAGGAGGAGAGAUCCUUGCUCAUGGCUCUCUGCUGGACUACCCAGUCCCCACCUCUGGAGUGGAGCCAGCCAGCUGGGAGGAAUGGGCCAGAGGCAACUUUACUGGAGACAUCAGAGCUUCUCCAAUGAAUUCACUGUUCCUGCACCUCUUUGUGGCCAAGGAAGGAUUCCAGCAGGCAGCCAUCGCAGAAAUCCUCAGGAUUGCCUUUGUUGCAGUUCCUCUGUUACAGUAUGUCAUCAUAACCACUCCCCCAGCCACCUCACUGGGUUCAGGUCUCCAGGCUCACUUCUGUGCCUGGCCAGUGGUUGAGGGUCAGAGUCCGUCUCACGUGGCUCACGUGUCACAUCGCCACCAGCACUUCCCCCAGCUCCACGUCAGACCUGCUCUUGUGGAGGAUGCCGAUGAUCUAAUGGUCGUUUUCACUGAGUAUUCUCACGACGUUACUCAAGACUAUGGACCCUAUUUCCUGGCUGAGCUAAUAGAGUCCCAGGACAGCCAACACAGGACCAUUGUCGCUGAGGUCGGAGGUCGUGCGGUGGGGUUUGUGAGCGUGACAUCAGAGGUGGACCUGGGAGUGUUGGACCGGAGCUUCCAGCUGGAGCCGUACCACCACCUCCGACACCCUGCCCCUCCCUCUACUGAGUCAGAGCUGGAGUCACAGUCAGUGCAGAGUAUUGACAAUAGUGACCCUCUCCACACCUCCUCCACCAGUCUGGUGGGAGGAGAGACAGUGGAUCAUCCUGCAGACCCCUCACCACAGGACAAACAGAAGAGAGAGGAAGGCUCUCCCAGGACCAGUUGGCCUCCUCCUCAUCUCUGGCCAGACUGGCUCAGAUUGCUGCUGCCACCAGCUCCAAAUCCAGACUGACACAGUCUCGCAGCAGGCUGGCCACACACUCGCGGACCAAGGUAGCUCCCACGUCAGAGACCAAGGUGACCAAAUCAGUGACGAAAGCCACCGAGUCGGGGACCAAAGUGGCAGAACCUGGCUCCAAAGGAACCGAAUCCAAACUCAACGCGGUUGAUUCAAAGAUCAGUGGUUCAACGUCGAAAGUUUCAACAUCUGAGGCCAAAAUGGUCGAAUCGAAAAGCGACAUGUCUGAAUCAAAGACGAGACUGUUGCCAUCUAAAUCACGAGUGGCAAGAGCCAGCCAGUCUGAGGUGACAGGGGGUGUGUCUGCAGCAGGAGAGAGCACCAGCAGCCAGCCCCAGGUGAAGAUGGAGGACACUACCGACUCUGAGGAAACCAGGGCUGACAGAGAGAGGGAAGAGAGGAGAAAGAGGCUAGCUGGGCAGCCGAGUGCCGUCGCUGUGCAGCUCUUUGCCAUUCAAGACCAGUUCGAAAUGAGAUCAGUGGAUCUGUUGGUGGCUGUGUUCCAGGCCUUUCCAGAUCACGACUUCUGUCUACUGUCUCUCCCGACCACAGUUCCCGAGUUCCCUCUCCUGUCACACUUCACGAGAGUACCACAUCGAGAACAGGCCACACCCCUCACGAACUCUACGUCGUACACAAGUGCUCCCUACUGCAUUCAUUUGUGGUUCGCCCAGCCAUGACCUCUGACCUGGGAGGAGUGAGGGACCUGCUGGAGUGUGUGGAGGGAAGGGAGGGUGUGAUGAGUGACGUGGUGAAGGGAGUGGAAGGAGGGAGGGACAGGAUCGAGGAUGGAGCCACACCCCUCUCUGCCAUGGUGGCCGAGUGUGCACACCAGAUUGUGGGUGUGUGCUGUUGUCAGGAGAGAAGAGGAGCUACUGUUCCUGAGGUCCCACUACAAUGUGGAGGACUUUUGUGUACAUGAGUCACCACAGACCAGAGGAACACGGGAGACUCCACCACCUCCUGCUCUCUCCUGCCUUCUCCACCCUCACCAAACACCUCCUGAAGGAGGUGCUGAGGAAGACUGGUAUGACAUGUCUCUACUACCCUUUCUACUCAUCCCCCCUCCCCCUCACACCUCACACCCUCACAAACCUCACACCAUCACUACUGCUCUCGCUGAUAUGGUGCCUGUUAGAUGGCGUAGACAGGUGGUGUACCCAGACAGAGAGAGACUGGGAGUCAACCAGCCACUGCCUCAGGUUCUGGAGGAGAAACAACACCCGUUUGCUCUCUACCAUUUCAACAGGAAACUGAGUCUGGAGCCAAAGACGGUGAUCAACAGUAGAGUGGUGGUGGUGGGAGCCUCAGACACAUCUCUGUCCUUACUGGAGUCACUGGUCUUCUGUCCCCACCUCUCCUUCUCCAACCUCUCCCUCCUGUCUCCCAGUGGCCUGCCCACUCACUCACUCCCUCUACUGGGGCUCUCUGCCUGGGUCCACACCGUCCCUGCCUCUCUCAUCGCCAUCAACAGGGAAGAGAAGGAGGUGGUAGUGUGGGGAGGGGGAGAGGAGGGAGAGGAGGGAGAGGAGGGAACUGUGCCGUACGAUCUCCUUAUUCUGGCCACUGGACUCCAGUUCGCACCUCCUCCGCUAACCUCUGACCCUGGGGAAACCCCUCUCAUUUACCACGACAACGACGGUCUGGGAGUAUUGGAAUGGACCCAGCAGUACCUGCUGUCUCAGGAGGUGCUGAUCUAUGGCAGUGGACUGGAGGCACUCACAACUCUCCAAUCACUACUGACAGGAGGGGUGGACCCCUCUCUGAUUACCUUCGUCAGACCACGCCCACACUCCUGUUUCAACAGUCGUACAGUGGAGGAGAGAGUUCAGAGGUCACUGGAGGAGAGUGGGGUACAGUUGUUGACAGGCCACACCCUCUCCAGUGUGGAGGAGGGCGGAGUCUCCCUGCUGGAUGGAGACCACACCCUCUUCGCACACUGCCAGGGCCUCAUCUGUAUGGAGGAGAAAGAAGUCACUGGAACAGUAUUCACAGCUGUCAAUGACUCGUGUCUGGUAUUUGAUGAGAGACUGGUGGUAGACAGAGACCACCAGACCAAUGACCCCGCCAUACUGGCUGCAGGGCCAAUGACAAAGUUCUCUCGCAGCUACCACUCCAACCACUGGACUCACGCUAAUUUCAACUCCAGAGAAGUUGGGCAGAAGCUGGCUGCCUCUCUGCUCUCCAGACUAGACCCCACUUACCAGGAGCCCUCCGCGACCUCUGACCCCGCUCUCCUACCCACCUACACACAGCCUAAAGCUGUCUACACCGUUCUCCCAGGUGGACUCCACUAUCUCCAUGUCGAUAAGCCACACCCCUCAGACCCUACAAACACACUCACGAACCAGACCGGCACGGGGCAUGAGCUGGAAACUGACACAGAAAAUGGCUACUUCAGACUGUUUAUCAACCAGUACAGUAGCGUCCAGACUAUCACUGUCCUCAGCUCGCAGGCCAUAGAGAGGACUAACUACCUGUGCCUAUAUGGACUCCAUGAGAAAUAUCUCAACAAUCUUCUCUCCCGCUAUUCUGAAGGCCUCAUCUCUGACCUCUUCACGUUCUUGAGGGAGCCGUGGACGUGUGCAGUGUACCACGACAGGUUCUCUGACCUGAGAGAGGAGGUGAGAGAGACACUGUCCCUGCAGCAGCUGACACCAGGAGGAGCACCAUCUGAGGUGAACCAACACCAGCCAGCCGCAGAGGAUGACGGAGGGACUGGGAGACAGUCUGUGGAGGAGAGAGUGAGACAACUGCUCACUGAUCAACAGACCGUGUCCCUGGAGGAGCAUAAGGACCAGUUGCUACGUGAAUUCUCACAGUCACCCAGUGAAACCGGCAGUGCAGCAGUUGCUCCAUCGCUACCUCCACUACAACCACUACCAUCUCCCCAUGUAUGCACACCCAGACAUUCUGUGACUGACACACAACCAAUAGCUCUGUGUAUAUAGUGUUGUAUGACUGAGAGAAUGGUGUGUUGUUAGUCAAUGUCAGUUGUUCUGCGGUCGUGUUUCUUCUGUGAAUGGUAUUUCUUCUCUACUCUCUUUCUCUGCUGGGCCUUCUUCUUCAGAACUCUGAUCCUGGCCAGAGUCAGUCCAGACGGUCCUCGUGGUACCUCAGACGCUGUGCAAACCAUUCCCUCCAGUCUGGCGACAGCCGCCUCCAGAUUCCUGUGCUGUGAUCUGUGCUCCUGUGAAGUGAUUAUCAUCUCCCCUUCCCUCGUGAUCCGCGACCUGAACAAAGUCAGUAGUCUCUCCCUCACUCUCUGGGGCAACCAGUCAGCUGAGGCCACAUGGAACCUCACCUCUGCCUUUGUGUUCAAUUUGUUCACGUUCUGUCCACCAGGACCACUGCUCUUGCUGUAUGUUACGCUCAGCUUCUCUCUGGGAAUUGGUCCCUCGAAGGUCUCCAGUUGUUCAGUGGUGUCAUCAGAGGACGAAGAGGAACAGAACCUAGUAGUGAAUGGAUUCCUGCAGCCGCUGCAUGCUGUCGAAUGGUGGAAGAAAGGAGAGAAUAUCGUCCAUUUUGCUCUCAAAUUGACGAAGACAGAAGCCAUCCACUUCACUUCACAGCACUGAAUAAAAGUGAAAUUUACAUCGGCAGCAGUCAAGUGGUAGCGUGGCCGAGCGGUCUAAGGCGCUGGUUUAAGGCACCAGUCAUUUCGAUGGCGUGGGUUCGAAUCCCACCGCUGCCAGUAUUUUUUACUCUUUUUACCAACUUUUGUUCAAACAGCACUUUCCCUCGUUUUACAAUCAUAAAUAUAUAUAUUCUGUGUAAUAAUAAAAAUAAUAUCAUCUUCUUUCACCAACGAAACCCUGUGCAAUGUGUUCACAAAUUGAAUGAGCCUGUUCGGAUGAUACAGCUUCACACACAAAACAGGUAAAACUGGUUUUACCAGUUGCCAUGCGAACUGACACGAU